CUUCCCGCCCCCUCCUCUGAGCACACCCCCUCCUCCUCACUGCUUCACCCAGUGCCUCCUGCCCCCUCCCACCCCAGUCAGCAGGGUGGGCUGGAGGCGCUGGGGGGAGAGGGAGGCCUGAUAGGAGGCUGAUGCCUGUCGUCCCCAGUUUGUGGAUUGCAAGCCGCGAUAGAGGGGACGGGGCUUGGGACAUAUCCCUCUCCUUGGCAUCUCCCAUGGGCUAGCUUCGGCGGCUGGCUUUUUUGGCUCGCAUUCGCAGGCACCCAUCUAUCACACGGGGCCCCAAGGCGCCCAGCUCAGGCUUUGCAGAGACCAGGGAUGUUCCUGUGAGUUUCUAGAUAGAUGUUUUCAGGCUCAGUGUCACAACGCCCAAGUCUCUUUGUGGAGCAGGGCCUCACUGGCUGGGCUACUCCGUGUGCGCUAAAGACCGGGCUCUUUUUCGGCACUGACAAAUUGUGCUCUCUCCUCUUCUCGGGGUCUUAUGCUGUUUGCAACAAGGUGGAAAUCUAAUAAUUAGCUCACCUUCUCCAUAGAUCUCAAAGCCCUUUCAAAGGAGGUUAGUAGUGUUAGCUCCCUUGUACUGCUGGGGAAAAUGAGGCACAGAGAGAGGCAGUGACUUACCCAAGGUCCCCCAGCAGACCUGUGGCAGAGCCAGGAAUAGACGCCAGGUCUCCUGAGUCCAAGCACAGCACUCUGUCCACCAGCCUUGACCAAGAGGAACUGUUUCUAUUUUUGCAAGGCCUCUUGUGAUGUUUCCAGAAGUCUGAGAGCUGGGCUUGAAUGCAGGAAGGCCUGACCAGAGGGGAGUGUGAAUCUGGAGGAACUCCAACAUAGCGAUCUCUCCCUGGCCCCCUGCCCAUGCAUGCUCCCAUCUCUUCUCCCAGGACUUGCCUGCUCCACCUACCCACACACACCCCAUGGUAUCGCCUGCCGCCCUGUAUCCCAGAGGCCUCCCAUACUGCUGUGACCACCUGGGGUAGUAGGAAGAGGAGCAGGGAUGUUUGGGGGAGACUGAGAUGGGUUAGUUCAAAGAGGGGGAGCUGUGCUUGGGGCAGGAAUCAGCCCCUCCAGGCCUUAGUCCUGGUGCUUCAUCUUUCCCUGCUACCAGCUGACGCCUCUGUGCCCAGGAGAUGGGCCAGUUGUGUGUGUGUGUUCCAAGCGGCCGGUCCCAUCUGCCCCACACACACUCCGGCCCCACUUCGUAUGAGCUUUGAGUCUGUCUUCACUGUAGCAUUAGCCCAGCCUCACGCCCAGGUGUUGCCCCAACCCCGUCCUGUCCACACACAAAUCCUUCUCUCCUGAGUGCUUGGGGAAGGGGGCUUAUACCCAGGCUGGCUGACCCUGGCUUAGAGCCCAGGUUCGGCUUUCGCUGGCUGGGAACCCUCCUACUUUGCAGUGAGGACAAAAGUUAAAUCACUCAAGUACUGACAGUCCUCCAAUGCCGUCCAACAAUUCCCUCCCCUCCCCCCUGCCCUACAGAAGGGUAGGGCGCUUGGAGCUACGGUUAGGGUGCCUAUGGGUAGAGCUUCCCGCCCUAGGGUUCGGGUUGCUAAGGGUAGGGCACUUGGAGCUAGGGUGAGGGUGCCUAUGGGUAGGGCUUCCUGCCCUAAUGUUAGGAUAUCUAAGGGUAGGGCACUUAGAGCUAAAGUUAGGGUUCCUAUCGGUAGGGCACUUGGAGCUAGGGUUAGGGUUUCUAUGGGUAGGGCACUUGGAGCUAGGGUUAGGGUUCCUAUAGGUCGGGCACUUGGAGCUAGGGUCAGCGUUCCUAUUGGUAUGGCUUUCCGCCCUAGGAUUAGUGUUCCUAUGGGUAGGGCACUUGGAGCUUGGGUUAGGGUUCCUAUGGGUAGGGCAUUCUGCCCUAUGGUUAGAGUUCUUAAGCGUAGGGCACUUGGAGCUAGGGUUAAGGUUCCUAAGAGUAGGUCACCUGCAGCUAGGGUUAGGUUUCCUAUGGGUAGGGCACCCUGCCCUAAGCUUAGGUUUCCUAUGGGUAGGGCACUUAGAUCUAGGGUUAGGGAUCCUAACCUUAGGGCCCUUGGAGCUAGGAUUAAGGUUUCUAUGGGUAGGGCAUUUGCAACUAGGGUUACGGUUCCUAUGGGUCGGGUUUCCCGACCGAGGGUUAGGGUUCCUAAGGGUAGAACACUUGGAUCUAGGGUUAGGGUUCCUAUGGGUAGGGAAUUUGGAUCUAGGGUUAGGGUUCCCAUGGUUAGGUAUCUUGUAGCUAGCUUUAGGGUUCCUAUGGGUAGGGCUUCCCACCCUAGGUUUCGGGUUCCUAAGGGUAGGGCACUUGGUGCUACUUUUAGGGUUCCAGUGGGUAGGGCUUCCCGCACUUGGGUUAGGAUUCCUAAGUGUAGGGCACUGGGAGCUAGGGUUAGUGUUCCUAAGUGUAGGGCACUUGGAGCCAGGGUUACGGUUCCGAUGUGAAGAGAACUUGGGGUUAGGGUUAAGGUUCCUAUGGGUAGGGCUUCCCUCCCCAGAUUUAGGGUUCCUAAAGGUAGGGCACUUGGAGCUAGGUUUAGGGUUCCUAUGGGUAUGGCUUCCCUCCCUAGGAUUAGGGUUCCGUCAGACACACACCCCACCGUGUGCCCAGAAGGACAGAUACAUUCUCCCACAGUUCAGUGGGAAAGAAUCAGCGAGCGGCUCAUCUCCCUGCAGCACGAGGGCCCAUGGGCUGUAUGCCCGGAAGUCCUGGUGACACACGGGUGGGGAGUGCCACCCCGGUGAGGAGCCAGGAACUCAGGCAGGGCUUUGCAGUGUGUGUUUCUCAAAUGCGGCCACCAUUGGGGCCACCAGUGGCCUUUUGUGCCGGGUGAUUGUGAGGGGGGGGCAAGCAGUGUUGACAAGCAUCACUUUUCACAGAAAGCGACUUACGAGCUAGCAAGUCCUUUUUUAAAAAAAAGCAACCAAAAGAUGCAAAAGAAACCACAGCAAAAAGACCAGAACGUGCAAAGCACAUUAUUUGUUUCUAUUCUGUUUAGGUCCCGUAACGAACAGAGAAGACUGUACAGUAUUUUUAUUAUUGAGGCUGCAAUAAAACAAAAUUACGGUCUG